AUGGCGAGGGAGUCACUUGGAGAGUAUGUGAAGAACGGCGUGCUCGAACUGAAUGCUUCAGAUGACCGAGGUAUUGAUGUUGUGCGAAACAAAAUAAAGUCAUUCUGUCAAACGAAAGUCACUCUUCCUCCUAAGCGCCAAAAACUAAUAAUCCUCGACGAGGCUGAUUCAAUGACCGAGGGAGCGCAACAGGUACCGGAACUCCGCGUGGCUUUGCGGCGUAUAAUGGAGAACUAUAGUGAAACAACACGUUUCGCUCUGGCCUGCAAUCAGUCUGAUAAAAUUAUUGGUACGGUUAGCUAUGAUGACGAAGGGCUCAAUGCUCUCCUGUUCACGGCGCAGGGAGAUAUGCGACAGGCACUGAAUAAUCUGCAGUUUGCGAUGAACCACAUCCGCAACUAUGGCAAACAUGCUCUCACUGUGCGCCGAGCAGAAAUUCAAAGAGGCUGCCCAGAUUGUCCACGACUUCUACAAGAUAUCAUCUCAAACAUGUUCCGUGUAUCGAAAACUGUUCCUCUACCAGAGUUCGUGAAAAUGGAGUUCAUGAAGGAAAUUGGAUUAUGUCAUAUGCGGAUCAGCGAAGGGCUUUCGUCCCUGCUACAACUUUCCGGGCUGGUCGCUAGACUAUGUGCCAUCCAAGCGCACUGA